UCAUAAAAGUAAUUAUAGUGAUCUAAACCACACUGUUUUAUCUAAACAGCAUCCUUAAUAAUAAGGAAAAUAUUGUCUUCCUUAUUACCUUUGGUUGAAUAUUUUCUAACCAGGAAAGUAAUUCCCAAAAAUGCAUCUCUGUUAACCAUAAUUGUCUUCCAGCAUGUGAUGUAAAUAAUCAUUAAAGCUAGCUGUAAAUUUAAAGUCAAGUCAGAUAACAAGCUUCUAAACAAAAUUUAUUAAAAAUCGAUGGUGGAACAUUAUGUUAUUGAUCCAGAGUAAAUGAAUACUGAUAAACUAUCAUGUCCCUGACUGGCUGAUCCCGUUCUUUUGCGCGACCAAAUCGAUUUGGUCGAGCUGAAGGGUUACAGUUUCGAGCACACAGAGGUGGUUGUACCUUCUCGAUGGAGUUGUAGGUCGAGUCACUCGGUGGCGCUGGAUGAGAAGAAUCCUGAGAACCGGGCAAGCGCUGUGGGAAUGCUCUCUUGGGAUUUUACUGACGGCGAACGUGUGCGCACCGUGAGUUGAUCUUAUAUAGGGUGUAAGCAAUGGCAAGCCAAAACGGCGGAGAGGGUAAAAGAUGUGGAUGCAUCGCCGAUGGUUGGUUUCGGGGAUAGACUCACGCCGCGGGGGCGAUGAGCGCACUUCCGUUCGCCCUGAAAUUAAUUUACUGUUGUUGUUGCUGGUUUACGUGCAUCAUUCUGUUAAUUCGACCAAGUUGUAACGCUGCCCAGGAACUCCUGGACAACCUGAACUUUGAGUUUGAGCCAAGACAACGCCGGGAAGUGUUAGCUCCUGGAGUUGAUCACCAGCGAAAUUUGGUUACCACCCUUGAAGAAGAGAAUGUCUAUGACGAAGACACGGAUAUGUCGUAUGACGAGAACGGCGAUGAGGAUUACUUCGAGACGAAUACGACAGAGAAGGGACGGUACCUCGGUGCACCAUGCGACAACACGUGCAGUCCGGAUCUACAACAUGUGUUUUGCGACACAGUCACCGGUUUAUGUGAAUGUGAAAAAUUCUAUCCAGUUAGACUUGGACCAACGAAAGGUUGUGCAAAGCCGAAAAAACUUGGAGAACAAUGUUUCUACCGAGCAACAUGCACAUUCGCAGAUCAGCACGCGACAUGUACUCAAGUCCAACAUAAUGCCGUCUGUGAUUGCGAUGAGGGUUACCACAAAGUUGCAAUUGCUAGACCGAACAAAAGAGUCUUUUGUGCAGAAGAUUUGGUGCUGAUAUCCACUGAUUUACCAACGCUUUUGGGCAUAGCAUCUGGGAUAGCGGUAUUAUCAGGAUUGUUAUGCUUUGUGUUGAAAUUAUUCAGUCGAGCAAGAUAUACAAGACCUCGACAUUACGCCAACGCCAAUCAUGCACCUCCAAUGCUAUUCUCCAGCGAUACAGGCAUUCCUUUGACACUUUCGGGAAGACCUUCAUCACGUUCGAGCCAGAGAAGUGAUGGGAAUCCUUUGAGCUGUGGGUCCUUCAGUAGGAGACCGAGCAGUGGUGGAAGUCGUGGACCUCUUGUUCCAGCAUCUCGAGCAGGUGCGGCUCGUGCCGCCGCCAUCUUGCUUAUUUCGUGUCAUCUUCAAGCAGCAGGAAAGAAGCAUCGACGUACUCUCAGUGACGUUGCUGAGGGAUCCUCUCAUGGCCUUGGUUCUCGACGACCAAGCCUGGCAUCAAUUCAUAGCUCGGUCUCAUCAGCAAGGAGUUACAGUGCACGAAGACUAGAGCGAGAGAGGAAUGAAAAAGAGCAGAGGCAGGCUCUUCAGGAAUUGAGGCUUGCUAAACAGCGAGAACAGGAAUUGCAACAGCAAUCUCAGCAGCAAAGUGCGCCAACUCCGAGUCCACGAACGCCACAUUCAACGGAUGAACUUUUGCCUUCAGUUGAAGAAGGCAAAGAGGCAUUUUAUAAUGAGCAAACUUCAACAACAUCUCCAACCUCAGGAAUGCCUAGUACAUCAAAAUUGAAAAUUUUACCUCAAAAAACAUCAUUAACGAUGAUGUCAACGAGUGCUUUAAUGCCUGGAGUAUCAGUAAAACAAACGCCUAAUUCAAGUGAAACGGCCUUUACUGCUUCUACCAUGAAUACAUCAGCCUUUAAAAAAGAUGACGCCGAGAAAUGUUCCAAUGUAGUUGACAUUUUUGAAUCAUAGCCCUAGCCCAUCAUCUUCAGUUCGUAUUAAUUCGCUAAAUUCCAAUAAAUUAAGACUCAAGUCUGUCAUCUUCGCUCAACUUCAUGAAAAAAUCAUCACUUCGAAUUACCUAAUGAGUUUAAUCAACUUUUAAUUGAGUCGUCGGAACUUCCAUGAGCAAAAAAAAAAGUUAAUAAACUGAUGUAAGUUACCAAAAUGUGUAAGUAUGUCAAGGCGAUGUGGAUGUUAAUUUUAGUGAAAUUAUUAUGGAAUCUAGCCUUUCUUUUAAUGUUUAAAUUAAUUAUAUAAGAGCUAUUUUAUAGAGGCACGAUACGAGCCGAUUUAUAUAAAAAGAAUGUUUAUAAAAACAAAUUAAAUAGUUCUUGACUGCGUGAAUUCAAUGUCAACUCAAAUGAUAAUUACUAAAUAAUAUUAAUAACAGAAAUGAAUGAUUAACUUUCAUUAACGGAAUCAUCAAAACUUUCGAUAUUCAUUUAUAACAUAUCAACUACGUAAUCGUGUCUCAUAAAUAAAACUUAUAUCCAUUUUUCUCCGCACACACUGAUUUUUAAGCAAAGAUUAUUUAUAUUAUCAGAUUUGAAGCUGUUUCCAUAAAAAAAAAAUAUUAAUAAAGUAUAUAAGAGGAGUAUAGGCUAGAAGAAUUGGGAACGUUAAGAUAUUGCCUGUUAAGAAACAAUUUAAAUAAAUAACAUAUGAAUAAUAAAUGAUAAUUUAUUAAUAAAAAGAAUCACUAUAGUUCAUACAUCACUCGAAAAAUCCUUUUUAACGUUUACAUGUUUGAAAAUAAGAAAUAAUUUAUGUAUU